UUCGUGUAGUCGUGUGCGUGUCGUAUCUUUUCUGCUCUUGUUGUUGACCCGUUGCUGUCGCACUUUCACGUUGUCCCUUACUAGAAAUCAAACCAAAACAUGGCAGACGUGGUGCAAGAUGUCGUGGCUAAUUUAACAGAAAAUAUAACGAACAGUAGUGCUAACGAAACCGGAAAAAUUCCAGCAACCCCGGAAGGAAUGGCAGUUGCAUACAGUAGUCUCAUUAUUAUGGCUCUUCUUCCCAUAUUCUUUGGGUCUUUCAGAUCUGUCAAACACCAUAAGGAACAAGCGGAAUCAGGAGAACAGCCUGAGACUAUGUCACAUAAAGACGCUGCCAUGUUUCCUUUAAUAGCUAGUGCCGCUUUGUUUGGUCUCUACAUUUUCUUUAAGCUGUUUUCUAAGGAAUAUAUCAACCUACUGUUAACAGGAUACUUUUUCUUCCUAGGAAUUUUUGCACUUUGUCAUCUUAUGAGUCCAUUGAUAAGCUCGCUGGUGCCUGCAGCAAUACCCAAUGUUCCAUUCCAUCUGCGCUUCACCAAGGGCAGCGGGGAGGAGCAAGAGUAUCUCGUAGACUACAACUUCACAUCACAUGAUCUAGUGUGUCUAGCCUGCUGCUCUGUUAUAGGAGCUUGGUACAUUGUUAAAAAGCACUGGAUAGCCAACAAUCUAUUUGGGAUUGCAUUUGCCAUAAAUGGUGUAGAAUUGCUCCAUCUCAACAAAGUUGUUACCGGCUGUAUUCUGCUGUGUGGACUUUUUGUUUACGAUAUCUUCUGGGUGUUUGGGACCAAUGUCAUGGUCACUGUCGCCAAGUCUUUUGAGGCACCAAUAAAAUUGGUGUUUCCUCAAGACCUGCUGGAGAGAGGUGUUGCUGCCAACAACUUUGCCAUGCUUGGGCUGGGAGACAUUGUCGUUCCUGGAAUUUUCAUAGCCCUGCUGUUACGAUUUGACCUCAGCUUGAAUCGUAACUCCAAAUUCUACUUCUAUGCAACAUUCAUUGCGUACUUCUUGGGGCUGGUGGCUACCAUUUUUGUAAUGCACAUGUUCAAACACGCACAACCAGCUUUGCUAUAUCUUGUACCCGCUUGUCUGGGCACACCUCUCUCUCUAGCUCUCAUUAAGGGGGACAUUGCAGCAAUGUUUCAAUAUGCUGACCAUCCUGAUGAAGAAUACGAUGAUAGUGAUGACCUUAACGAAAAUGUGGUUUUGGGCGAACCUGAUGACUCCAUGUACGAAGAUCAUCCUGAGAAAAAGAUUGACAGCAAAGAGCCUUCCACCACCCCUGCUACUACGACAACUUCCACGAAGGCUGCCAUUAAAGCGAAGAAAGACAAAUAAUACCCUUCAGUAUUGCCUUCCUGACUUAGCUUCCUUCCACACGCACAUACACUCUUGUACUUAUGUCCUCACGUCCUGUGAGGAGUGACUUUGUUUUCAUUUGGAGUAUUUGGAUGGACUUGGAUCUGUGCAUACUGAAUGAUGCUGUUUUGACUUUCAUCAUGACAUCUCUUUAGUUUUGGAUGCUUUAAAAUUCAAAGAUAUUUUUCAUUGCAUUUCUUUAAGUUAAAAAUUAAUUCUUUUUGUUAAAAACUAUAAAAAUUUUCAAAUAAUUUUAUUUGGUCAAUAUCUGUGUUAUGAUUUGUAUUAAAAUGUAAAUAAUUUUCUUAUGGUAACUUAUUUAAUAUAACAACUUUUUUAUAUUAUGGAAAUUGUAAUUCUUUUAAAAUUUCAACAUUUAUCUUCUAAAACAAUUCUUUCAGCUUCAACUGUCAUUUACCAGUUAUCUCUCUUUUAUUCUACUAACAACUGAUGAUUAUAAUUAAUUUACUAGAUGAAAACAAUUUCCUCAAUUCCAAACAUUCCACUAGGUUAGUUUUCAGUUUGUGUGCAAUAAGAGUAUUUUAAUGCAUAACACUUGUAUUAAACACCUAGGUCUGUUCAUGAGUGAUAGCCUUGAAACAGUUUUACACUUUCACUUCUGAAUAGUCAAAUGCAGUUUUUAUUUGUUAAUGAAACUGUUAUGUUUAACUUCAGAGAAAUUAUCUUUUCUUUCCAAAUACUUACAGAACAUCAUAAAGAUGAUACACAAUGCUGUUAUACUUAGUAAUUUAUUGAAGAAAAUAGACAAUAUUAUUUUUAGAAAUAUAACAGCUAAAAAAACUGAAGUGUGCCACAAACAUAAUUUCUUAUGUGCUUACAUAUAAAAUAUAAUUAUAGGUUUUUUUGGUAUAAAGUUCUACUUCAAAAAUAUAUUGGUGUAAAGACAAAUACAUUUAUGAAUAAUUUGAAAGGAGUGGCACAAGUCUUAUUUGUCACAUUGUGUGAUGUGUUUCGUGCCGAUUCUUGAGAAACUCAAUCUCUAUAUUCAAUUAAGGAUGAUAAAUAAUGCUGUGAGCUAUUUUUAUUGUAAAUACAUAAUGUAUUUUAUAAUUAUGUUGAAUUGAUUGUAAUAAACAAUUGAUUGCAGAA